CCCUUUAGAAGUGUGUGAAGCGUCGUGGAGAGCAGACGUGCGCUGCUGCCUCUGCGAAAUCCUCGCUCUCGGGCAGCUGUAUUCAACCAACACACGAACACUCACACAAACACGCAAUUAUACACGCACACCUGUACACCCAGCGCGCGCGCAAAUCGCCGAAAUUAAAGCAAAGCGAAACGAAAAAUGCUUAAAUGUCCACGUGAAACGGUGCACAAAAUAAUCGAAUAACGAAAACAAAUCGAAUUAGUGAAAUUAAAGUGGAGUUCUUCUUUUUUUGGAAAAAAUCAAUGCCGUUAAUCGACGCACACGGAUACACACGUAAACGCACACGUGUGCUUCAUAAGCCAAAACACACCGAUACACCAAAACACACACACGUGCAUUCAGAAGGCCUAUCAAAGUGAAAGUAACGAAAUUAGCAGCACAAUUUUGCGACAACAACAAAAACAAGAAGCAGUUUAGGGCUAAAAUAUAAGUAGAUAAAAAACAAGCGGCAACAGCAGCCGCCAACGCAAAAACAACCUGAGCAAGAUAAACACGCAAAACAAAGCAAACUGGGUCAGUAAACGAAAAGGAGGAGAGGGAGAGAGGAGGACGAGGAGGAGGAAGGGGAGGAGGACGCGCAGAGAAGAAGGAGCGGCAAGGAGGAGCACGAAAAGCUCCCACAAUGUUGCAUGUGCUGCAGCCAAAGUGUAGCAUACUUAAUGGGGCAAAAGGUGCGUCGACCAAGCGGAAAUUAACUUUCGUGGUUUAAAGCAUUUUGGCGGACAAUAGACGAUGGCUCUGGGCAACAUCAGGAGCAGCAGCCAAAUCGGACGAGGCCAUUACGGCUUUAAUCCCAGGAAAGGAGCAACAACAGCCACAUCAGCAGCAGCAACAAAUACAAUUACGAAACAACAAUAAGGUCAGGACAUGGUGCCACCGAUGAUGAUGAUGAUGAUGAUGAUGUUAGGAAACUUCCGUUUUGUUUGCCCGGUCGGAAAUGAGGCUCAAUAUGUCGCCCAGUCACAGGUUGCCUUUCCAACUCUGUGAGCAGUGACCUCGAACGCAUAGAGCUGAAGGAAUCCCGCCCCUCGAUUGCCUGGAAUUUAAUUAAAGCGCAAAAAACACGAAACGAACUCCUGCGAUAAGGGUCGAAACAAAAGAGCAGUUUCUCCCCCGAGGGGGUGGAGGAGAAGGCGGCGUGGGUGUGUCGGUGGGUUUGGCCCAUAAAUCUAACCGCCCACCAGCAACCCGGCAAUCCGGCAGCAACUCAUGUUGCACGUUGCUGCAAUCGAGCUGGCCCACGUCCACUGGCCAAUUAGCUGCAGCAACAGCCGAAAGCGGCAAUCGUUUGGGCUCCAUUGAACGCGUUCUCCAGCCGAGCGCAGCUGCCUCUCUGAUGACUGCCGCCAAAAGACGUGCGAGCAGCAGCAACAGCAGCAGCAGCGGCAGCAGUAAUGGCAACGAACAGCACUCCCAGCAGCAACAUCUGCAGCAGCAACAUCUGCAGCUGCAGCAGCAGCAACAGCAGCAGGCCCAGCCAAACGAGUACCAACAGCUGCUGCAGCAUCCCCACCAUCACUACCAGCAACACUACAGCGGCAACAGCAACACCAGCGGCAGCAACGGCAGCAGCAGCAGCAACACGCAGCAAUACCACCAGAGACAGCAGCAACACCAGGCGACACUGCGCGAUUGCUCCGUCAAAUUGCCGCUGGAUAUCCUAUGGCUACCGAAGUCGGCAAUGCGGCCGGCGGGUCCUGAUACCUCGCCCACGGACUGCAUCCUGGUGGUGGGCGUGUCCCGUCCAAAAUUGGCCGUCGUCUUCCUUACGGUCAUGUUGAUCUCGCUGUUCCUCACCUUCCACGUCCUGUACGAUAGUGCCGUGUACAAUAUUCAGGCGGCCCAGGCUGUCCACGAAAGGCAUCGAUUAUCUAUGGCCGCCUCCGCCUCCGCAUCGGCUCUGGCAUCCUCCUCCUCCUCGUCGUCCAGUUCCGGCGGCUCCUCCUUCUCCCCGUUCUCCUCCUCCGCCGGCGGCGCCUCCAAUCAUCUGCCCGUGUUCGUGAAGCCCGUGCCCAGCUCCAAUCAGCUCAGCCAUCCCAUGGUCUUUCCCUCCAGCCGAGUGCACUUUCCAAAAACCAGUCGACGGUUGCCACAGGCACUCAUCAUCGGUGUACGAAAGUGCGGAACACGGGCGCUGCUGGAGAUGCUCUACCUGCAUCCGCGGAUCCAGAAGGCCGGCGGCGAGGUGCACUUCUUCGACCGGGACGAGAACUACCUGAAGGGUCUGGAGUGGUACCGCAAGAAGAUGCCGCACUCCUUCCGUGGCCAGAUAACCAUCGAGAAGAGUCCCAGCUACUUUGUGUCGCCAGAGGUGCCGGAACGCGUUCGGGCCAUGAAUGCGAGCAUCAAGCUGCUGCUGAUUGUCCGGGAGCCGGUGACCCGGGCCAUUUCGGACUACACGCAGCUGCGUAGCCAUGCGGCCACUGCCAUCCUGCCGCUGGCCGACAAGGAUCCACCUAGUCCGAGGGAGAGCUCGGGCGGUGGGUCAGGUGGCGGUGGAGGUGGAGGAAGCGGGACCGCAGCUGCCAAGAUGCCAACACAAUCACUGCUGUAUGCCAAACUGCAGUCGGCCCGUGGCUAUGACAAUGCCCUGGUGGGUGGCAGUGGGGCGGGCGCCAAGGAGACCAAAGGCAGAACGGUAUCUGCGUCUUCGUUGGCCAGGAGACAGGCGCUGGGCAGUGGCGGUGUCGCUGUCGGUGGAGCUGCGAUGACCACGACUACAAUGUCGCCAUUGGCGAGCGCCGCCCAAAUGGCAGCCAAGUCUUUUGAGGAGCUGGCCAUAUUUCCCAAUGGCACCGUUAACGAGGCUUAUCGACCGCUCAGCAUCUCCAUGUACCAUGUCCACCUCCAUCGCUGGCUGGAGGUCUUUCCGCGGGAGCAGCUACUGGUGGUCAAUGGGGAUCGCCUCAUCGAGGAUCCGGUUUCUCAGCUGAAGCGCAUCGAGGCUUUUCUGGGCAUUGAGCAUCGCGUGAAUAGCGAGCACUUUUACUUCAACGAGACCAAGGGCUUCUACUGUCUGCGCUACGACAACGGGGAUCGCUGCCUCAGGGAGACGAAGGGCAGGAAGCAUCCGCAUGUGGAUCCCGUGGUGGUCUCCAGACUGCGAAAGUUCUUCGCCGAGUACAAUCAGCGGUUCUACGAGCUGGUGGGCGAGGAUCUCGGCUGGCCGGAGGAGUAAGCUGGGCGUGGCACAUUGGCUGGCCAAUGGAAAGCUCUUCGCUGGCCUGGCCGCCAAUAAAUCUGCAGUUGGUCAGGCGCUUCGCUCACAGUGCAGCCAAUUUAAUUACAAGGAAGAGCGGUCGAUGCACAAAAAAAAAGAAAAUCAACGGGCAAAGUUAUCCAGGACUUUCAUUUGCCCUUUUCCGUUGCAUACUUUUGCGGGAGGCGGAGCGCAGUAUUUCUGCCUGGCCGAGUCGAGCUACUCUGACAGUUCAAUUAUGUGCGCGUAUUGAAAAAUUGCAUUCCUAUUUUCCCGGGCCAGCCCAACCACCCACUUGCCAUACCCAUCCCCAUUCCCAUUCCGAUCCCCAUCACCACAUGCAAAUUUGCCUUUGCAGCAGCAAAGAACCAGCGAAGGAACAAGGAUCCGCAUAAAAAAAUAUACUAAAAUAAACUGCACGCAUUUUGCUGUGCAGCAGGCCAUGAAAA